AUGCAGGCCGUCGCCAACCCCCGCUCGUCAAUCUUCGCUCCCAUCAUCCUCGCCCUCAUGGCUGGGUUACAGCGUCUCGACCUCUCGAGAGACCCGCGCAAAACGAUUGCGCGCGUGCGCGCAUACAAGCCCACAGUCGGGCAUGUUGCGCAGCUCUUCUUGAUGGCCAGCACGUGGCUGUACUGCCUGUGGAUGAUGGUCGCGCCGUGGUGGUUCAAGCUCGCCAUCCCAAGUCUGUGGACUACCGCCGUCAUGAUCCCUCUUACGGGCCAGUUCUUCUGGCCCGCCACCCCCGUGCUGUCGUGGGUCAUCCUCUUCUUCUCGGCGCGCUACAUCCCCCCAGACGUCCGCCCGACCAUCCACGUCGCCCUGCUGCCCGCGCUUGAGAGCGUGCUGUACGGUGCCAACAUCUCCGACCUUCAGACCCGCUUCACCCACCCCCUGCUCGACAUGAUUGCAUGGCUGCCGUAUGGCGUCAUUCACUUUGCGUUCCCGGUUGUUGUCGCCAUCCUUCUGUGGCUGUUUGGGCCGCGAGGUUCGGUGCAGUACUGGGGCAAGGCGUUUGGAUUCAUGAACAUGUUCGGCGUCUGGACUCAGAUUGUCCUGCCUUGCGCUGCACCUUGGUACGAGAUCAUUCAUGGCCUCACGCCCGCCAACUACGGCAUGCCCGGCUCGCCGGGCGGUCUGCUGCGCGUCGACAAAGUCUUCGGCAGCAAUCUCUACACGGAGACGUUCGGCAACGCGCCGCUCGUCUUUGGCGCCUUCCCCUCGCUGCACUCGGGCUGCGCGGUAAUGGAAGCCCUUUUCAUGAGCCACUUCUUCCCCUUCCUCAAACCCGUGUACUGGGGCUACACCGGCAUCCUGUGGUGGGCCACCAUGUACCUGAGCCACCACUACCUGAUCGAUCUGGCGGGCGGCGCAUGUCUCUCCGUGCUCACGUUCUACCUGUUUAUGCCCGCCGAGUUCAAGGACAGCGACCAGAUCAUGUGGCCCAGCGCGUCCAACCUCAACGCGAGCGAAUACGAGCUCGUUACGAACGGACACGCCAACGAGGAAGUCGACUUUGACGAGGAGAUCCGCCGCCUCGAGGAGGGUGAGGGCGACGAGGAGGAGCGCGUCGAGGGCAAGGAUAAGCGAAAUGCGCGCAAUGUCACGUGGGGCGAGACGCGCGUGCUUGGCGAGUAG